AUGGCCCGCGCCGGGCGCCCCCGGGCCCCCGGGCUGCUGCUGCCCCUGCUGCUGCUGCUGCCCGCUCUGUGCGCCCGGGCAGCAGAGCCGGUGGACGUGCUGAAGGCGCUGCACUUCCAGGCCCAGCCGGCCGGCGUGCGGAAGACGACGGGGUUCUGCCCCGCCGGGCGGGCAGGGGCGGGGCCGGACGUGGCCUACAGGAUAUCACGGCAGGCGCAGAUCAGCGCCCCCACCAGGCAGCUCUUCUCAGGGAAGUUCCCGGAGGAUUUCUCCAUCAUGGCCCUGGUGAGGCCCAAGGCCGGGACCCAGGGGUUCCUGCUCUCCAUGUACGACCAGCACGGCACCCAGCAGCUGGGGGUGGAGCUGGGGCGCUCGCCCGUCUUCCUCUACCAGGACCAGAGCGGCCGGCCCGCCCCCGAGGACUACCCGCUCUUCCGGGGCAUCAACCUCGCUGACGGCAAGUGGCACCGGCUGGCGCUGAGUGUGCACAGACAGUCCGUGACCCUGAUCCUGGACUGUAAGAAGAAGGUGACGCGGACGCUGCCCCGGGGCCCCCACCCGGUGAUCGACACCCGUGGCAUCACUGUCUUUGGCACCCGCAUCCUCGACGAGGAGGUCUUCCAGGGUGACAUCCAGCAGCUGCUCAUCGUCCCGAACCCCCAGGCGGCCUACGACUACUGCGAGCACUACAGCCCCGACUGCCCUGCCCUGCCCCACCUGCCCCAGGCACAGGAGGCGCUGCAGAGACCUGCCAGGCCCCAGUACUUUGAGGAGGAGGUGGAGUACUAUGAGUACCCCGACUCUUACGGGAAUAAAGAGGAUGGGAACGCGUCCCUCCCCACUCCUUCGGGGGGCACAGUGGAGCAGAAACCCGCCGGGCCGGGCCGCAAGGCGCCCGCCAAGCCGGCAGCCAAGCAGCAGAAACGGGAGCAGCUGAUGAGCACGGCCCCAGCCUACGGCAAAGCCCCCGGUGGCGGGAAAGCCUCCGGCAACGGCAAAUCCCCCGGCAAAGCCCCUGGCAACGGCAAAGCCCCCGGCAAAGGCAAAUCCCCUGGCAAGUCCCCCGGCAACGGCAAAUCCCCCGGCAACGCCAAGUCCCCCGGCAAUGCCAAGAUGGCAGCUGGGGAGAAACACCCGGCCGUGAAAAAUGCCCUGGGCAAGGCCCAGACGGGGGGGAAGGCCUACGCUGGCACCGGCGCGCCCAGGAAACACGGCAACAGCUACCAGCAGGAGGCUCCCAGCCCGGCCCCUGCCGCUCCGGGUGAGGACGAGGUGCUUGUGGAGGAGUACGUGACGGGGCAGGAGUACGAGUACGUCUAUAAGGACUUUCCCGAGGGAGCCGAGCCAUCGGAGCUGGGGCCCGUGCUCUCUGCAGAGACCCCCCAGAAUGGAGGCGCUGUGCGCGGAGUCAGAGGCUACAAAGGAGAGAAAGGAGAGCCGGCCGUCAUGGAACCGGGAAUGCUGGUGGAGGGCCCCCCCGGCCCUGAGGGACCUGCGGGCAUAUCAGGGCCGCCGGGCACACAGGGCCCUCCGGGCCCCCCAGGAGAUCCUGGUGAGAGGGGUCCUCCUGGCCGUUCAGGUCUCCCUGGCUCGGAUGGGAUGCCUGGACCCCCUGGCACGUCUCUCAUGCUCCCGUUCCGGUUUGGGAGCAGCGGUGGAGACAAGGGGCCUGCGGUGUCCGCACACGAGGCACAAGCGCAGGCCAUCUUACAGCAAGCCCGGAUGGCCCUGCGUGGCCCCCCGGGACCCAUGGGAUACACUGGCCGGCCUGGGCCCCUGGGGCAGCCAGGGGGCCCCGGGCUGAAGGGGGAAGCCGGAGACUUCGGACCCCAGGGACCGCGCGGGCCGCAGGGCCUGUCUGGCCCCCCGGGGAAGCCUGGAAGGAGGGGUCGUGCUGGAGCUGACGGCGCUCGGGGGAUGCCUGGGGAGCCUGGUGUUAAGGGCGACCGAGGCUUUGACGGGUUGCCGGGGCUGCCGGGGGACAAGGGGUACAGGGGUGAGACGGGUUCCCAGGGCAUCCCAGGCCCCCCUGGUGAGGACGGACAGCGGGGAGACGAUGGAGAGGUUGGCCCCAGAGGGCUCCCUGGAGAACCGGGACCCAGAGGUUUGCUUGGACCCAAAGGCCCACCAGGGAUCCCCGGGCCUCUGGGCGUGCGUGGCAUAGAUGGUCCCAUCGGGCCCAAAGGGAACCUGGGGCCGCAAGGCGAGCCAGGCCCCCCAGGUCAGCAGGGAACUCCAGGCACCCAGGGAUUGCCUGGCCCACAAGGUGCUAUGGGGCCCCCCGGAGAGAAGGGUCCCAGAGGCAAACCUGGCCUCCCCGGCAUGCCGGGGUCCGACGGGCCUCCCGGGCAUCCGGGGAAGGAAGGUCCGCCGGGAACCAAAGGUAACCAGGGCCCGUCUGGUCCCCAAGGUCCAAUUGGCUACCCAGGCCCACGUGGUGUGAAGGGCGUGGAUGGAAUUCGGGGACUGAAGGGUCACAAGGGUGAGAAGGGUGAGGAUGGAUUCCCUGGGUUCAAGGGCGACUUCGGGGUGAAAGGAGACAGGGGCGAGGUGGGUGUCCCAGGAUCCAGAGGAGAGGAUGGACCGGAAGGUCCCAAAGGCCGGACCGGACCCUCGGGCGACCCGGGUCCCCUUGGACUGGUGGGAGAGAAGGGGAAGCUGGGCGUACCAGGUCUUCCCGGAUACCCAGGACGGCAAGGCCCAAAGGGAUCUCAGGGCUUCCCUGGAUUCCCUGGCAGCAAUGGUGAGAAGGGUGCUCGGGGUCUAUCCGGGAAGCCAGGGCCCCGGGGCGAGCGCGGCCCCUCGGGUCCCAGGGGCCAGCGGGGGCCACGAGGAGCCACUGGAAAGCUGGGGGCAAAGGGCACCUCUGGCGGUGACGGCCCCCAUGGCCCUCCAGGGGAAAGGGGACUCCCGGGCCCCCAGGGGCCAAACGGCUUCCCCGGACCCAAAGGACCACCGGGCCCCCCUGGCAAGGACGGGCUUCCCGGGCAUCCCGGUCAGCGAGGAGAAGUCGGUUUCCAAGGCAAGACGGGCCCGCCCGGCCCCCCGGGGGUGGUGGGACCUCAGGGCGCUUCUGGGGAGUCUGGUCCGAUGGGGGAGAGAGGUCACCCAGGCCCCCCUGGACCCCCGGGAGAGCAGGGCUUGCCAGGACCCUCUGGGAAAGAAGGAACCAAGGGAGACCCUGGCCCCCCGGGAGCCCUCGGGAAAGACGGCCCGGCUGGACUGCGCGGUUUCCCCGGUGAGCGUGGGCUGCCUGGCACCCCGGGCGGCACGGGGCUCAAAGGGAAUGAGGGGCCGGCCGGACCCCCAGGACCCGCAGGAUCCCCCGGCGAGAGAGGUGGCCCUGGGCAGGGCGGCCCCAUCGGACCCCCAGGCAGACCGGGCCCCCAAGGGCCCCCAGGCCCCGCUGGAGAGAAAGGAGUUCCUGGUGAGAAAGGUCCCAUAGGCCCCGCUGGCCGUGACGGAGUCCAGGGUCCCGUUGGGCUGCCCGGCCCAGCGGGGCCCCCGGGGGGUGCUGGUGAGGAUGGCGACAAGGGCGAGGUGGGUGAGCCGGGCCAGAAGGGUGGCAAAGGCAACAAGGGAGAGCACGGUCCCCCAGGCCCCCCAGGUCCCAUGGGCCCAGUCGGGCAGCCUGGAGCAGCUGGGGCUGAUGGGGAGCCGGGCGCUCGGGGCCCCCAGGGCCACUUUGGGGCGAAGGGCGACGAAGGAACCCGCGGAUUCAACGGGCCGCCUGGCCCCAUCGGGCUGCAGGGUCUGCCGGGCCCAGCGGGGGAAAAGGGCGAGACAGGUGACGUGGGCCCCAUGGGCCCCCCAGGACCACCGGGGCCGCGUGGCCCAGCCGGACCCUCCGGAGCCGACGGACCCCAAGGCGGCCCUGGAGGCAUUGGCAACCUGGGUCCCCCUGGAGAGAAGGGUGAGCCUGGCGAGUCGGGGGCCCCCGGCAUCCCCGGGGAGCCAGGAGUCAAGGGCCCGCGAGGAGAGCGAGGGGAGAAAGGAGAAACGGGAGCUGCCGGCGCAGCUGGACCCCCUGGAGGGAAAGGGCCCCCCGGAGACGAUGGGCCCAAAGGGAACCCUGGUCCUGUCGGUUUCCCAGGGGAUCCGGGCCCCUCAGGUGAAAUGGGCCCCAGGGGCCAGGAUGGGGCAAAGGGCGAGCGAGGCGAGGAUGGGGAACCCGGGCAGCUGGGCUCGCCAGGCCCGACAGGAGAGAACGGCCCCCCAGGCCCUCCAGGGAAGAGGGGCCCCGCAGGCUCCCCGGGUCCCGAGGGGCGUCAGGGUGAGAAGGGCACUAAGGGCGAGCCAGGUGCCGUGGGACCUCCUGGCAAGACUGGCCCUGUGGGGCCCCAGGGACCGGCCGGCAAGCAGGGGCCUGACGGGCUGAGAGGCAUCCCUGGCUCAGUGGGAGAACAAGGCAAGCCGGGUGCGACGGGCCAGGCGGGCCCCCCGGGACCUGUGGGCCCCCCGGGGCUGCCCGGCCUCAAAGGGGACUCCGGAGCCAAAGGAGAGAAGGGCCACCCCGGGCUGAUUGGUCUGAUCGGGCCCCCAGGCGAGCAGGGAGAGAAAGGAGACCGGGGCCUGCCUGGCCCCCAGGGCUCCCUGGGGUCAAAAGGAGAGACCGGGAUCCCUGGUGCUACCGGCCCCAUUGGACCUGCCGGGCCCCCGGGCCUUCCUGGCCCAGCCGGUCCCAAGGGUGCGAAGGGAGCCACGGGACAAGCCGGCCCCAAGGGCGAGCGAGGUGUCCCCGGCCCCCCUGGACACCCGGGCCCCCCCGGGGAGGUGAUUCAGCCGCUGCCCAUCCAGCUGCCCAAGAAGAGCAAGCGGUCGAUCGACGCCAGCCAGCUGGUGGGUGAGGACGGGGAGGGGAUGGUGGCGGACGGGGUCCAUGGCCACACAGGCGGCAUGGAUGAGAUCUUCGGCUCCCUCAACGCCCUCAAGUGGGAGAUCGAGAACAUGAAGCACCCAAUGGGCACCCAGGACAACCCGGCCCGCACCUGCCAGGACCUGCGGCUCUGCCACCCCGACCUGCCCGACGGCGAGUACUGGAUCGACCCCAACGAGGGCUGCUCCCGGGACUCCUUCAAGGUGCACUGCGACUUCUCGGCUGGCGGGGAGACCUGCCUCUUCCCCACCAAAGAGACGCAGGAGGUCCAGAUGUCUGCGUGGCAGGAGGAGAAGCCCCCGCGCUGGUUCAGCCAGUUCCAGGAAGGCAGGAAGUUCUCAUACAUGGACGCGGACGGGCGCCCGGUGGGCGUGGUGCAGCUCACCUUCCUGCGGCUGCUCAGCGUGGCCGCCCGGCAGAACUUCACCUACCACUGCCAGCGUUCGGUGGGCUGGCGCAGCGCCGCCUCUGGGGGCCACCAGCGCGCCCUCCGCCUCCGGGGCGCCAACGAGGAGGACAUGAGCUACGACACCAGCCCCUACAUCACGGCCCUUACCGAUGGCUGCGCGCUGCGGAAGGGCCCGGACAGGACGGUGCUGGAGGUGAACACGCCCCGUGUGGAGCAGCUCCCCCUGCUGGACGCGCACUUCACGGACUUUGGGGAGCCUAACCAGAAGUUUGGGUUCGAGGUGGGACCCGCCUGUUUCCUGGGCUAGGACCAAACCCCCGUGAGCCCUGGCCCCUGAGGGAACGUCCCAGCCUGGCCCAGGCCCCACCAUCCCCCGAGCAGCGAAGCUACCGGGCCUUCUGGCCACCCGAGGGACGGACACGCCACGACCACCGAGACCAACGCACCCACUGCCGUCUCCUGCUGGGACCAGGGACCGGAGAGAGGCACCGAAGAGACGUCACCGCUUAGAGCCCACCUGUAUUUUAACAUGUAGAGAGAGGGGGGACGAUUACACCCACGUGCUGGCGGGAUCCCUCGGAGCCCCACAUCCCCCCUCCCACAAUCCUCCAGCCAGAGCUCCCAGAAUGCUCCAGCAAUAUCCAUCAGAUCCCGUGGGCCAUAUUUCCCAGAAUGCCUCAGGGUACACCCUCCAUAUCUCCCAGAGCCCCUCAACUCUAACCCCAGACUGGGGCCACCCCGAAAUGGUGGAACCAGUACCCCAAUUUCCCCUCUGACCGGGGAGCAAAGCCAUUAAUGUCUAAUGAACAUUGUGAGCGAACCAGGGUUAAUUAACGUCAGCAGGGUGGCCAGCUCCCCUGUGCCGGGCAGCAUCGUGGACAGCGGACCUGGGUUAACACCAGUGGGCUCCUGUCCUCCCUCCCCACAGUGCUGACACCUGUCGCAGUGACAACGACCCUCAUGCUUCAGGGCAGGUGCUGGCCUGCAGGGAUGGGGUCAGGAGGAAACUUCCUCCUCACUGAGGGCUCAUUUAAUUACUGGUUUAGUCACCUCCUGCAGGGUUCCUGCCCUUUCCACCCAGAGCAGCCACAGGCGGGAGGCCAGGCUAGAUGGGCUCACUGGUCUGGUCCAGGCUGGGAUUCCUCUGCUUCAUUCAUUCCUAUCAAUGGGCUCCAGUCCCCCUCCUCCAUGGCGCUAAUUAAUGUCAAAGGAAGAAGAAAUGUUAAUUUCGAUAGGGUUCUCUGCUCCCCUCCCCCACUAUGGUAAUUAGUAUUGAUUUGUGAGGCUCCAACCCCUCCCCCAUUGGACUAAUUAAUAUCAAAGGAGAAAAUCUUAUUAAUUAAUAUCAGUGGGGUGCACCCCUUCCCUCUGGUACUAAUUAGCAUUAAUUGACAUGGACAGGGCUCCUCCUUCCCUGCCAUAUCAGUUAAAAUAAUGAAUAAAGCCUGUUAAUUAACAUCUCCACAGUGCUCAGAUCCCCCCACUCCCGCCUAUUUGCAAGUGAUUGUUGCUCUGGGUGUAUUUAAAAGCCUUCACCAACCUCCCCCCAUGGAAGAAGCUGAGGAGCGAAGAGAAGGACGCUGGUUUUAUUGUUUUAUUUUAAAUUAAUUAUAUUAUUUAAGGCGUGGAGACACACAGGGGUCUGGGCCCUGCCGCGGAUUUUGAAUCCCAAAUGAGCCCAUGCGCUCCGGCGUGACGCUGCCAGUCCUGGGCCAGGGGGGGAACCCAAUUCAUUUUCUUGGGGCUGCUGGACAGACGUUUCAUGGGGUGACUGUCGUUGCUUUUCGGGGUCUAACAGGCAGCGCCCCCCCCCCACGCCCCGGAGUGCUGAGCUGGCGGCCGGUGUAAUGUUUGUAAGUAAUUU